GUAUAUUAUAAUUUGAAUUACUAAAAUUUUGACCAACCUUCAUUCAUCUUCAAUCUUAAUUACUUCUAACAUGAUUCGUAGGAUUUUGAACUCUUCUCUCACCCUUCGUCCCAUUCCCUCUCUCCCAUCACCAUUACCCAAACCAAAACCUAACAACUUCUCAUUCCAAAUUCUCAAUUCUUUUUCUUCUUCCCGCAUGGGUGAUGCUCGAAGACCCUCUGCAGUCCCAAUCCCCUCUCUCGAAAACUCCAACCGCUCCGAACUCCUCCGUGCUCUAGAAUCUUCCAUCGGAACCUCCUUCUCCUCUUCCCCCUUCCUCCCUAACCCUAACCCUCUCAUCCUCGUCAUCUCCGGUCCUAGCGGCGUCGGCAAAGACGCUCUCAUCUCAAACCUCCGCUCUUCCCGUCCUAACAUCCACUUCGUCGUCACCGCCACCACUCGUCCUCCUCGUCCCACCGAAACUCACGGCAUAGACUAUCUCUUCCUCUCUAAACAAGAAUUCAUCCAUUCCAUCGAAAAGGAUGAAUUUCUCGAAUACGCUCUUGUUUACGGCGAUUAUAAAGGCGUACCGAAGAGUCAGAUUAGGGAGUUUAUGGCGAAGGGAUGUGAUGUUGUUUUGAGAGUUGAUAUUCAAGGUGCGGAGACAUUGAGGAAGGUUUUGGGGAAAUCGGCGGUUUUUGUGUUUUUGAUGGCGGAGAGUGAAAUGGCGAUGGUGGAGAGGUUGGUGGAUCGGAAUACUGAGACGAAGGAGAGUUUGCUUGUUAGGAUUGCGACUGCAAAAGAGGAGAUGAAGCAUGUUAGGAAUUUUGAUUAUGUUGUGGUCAAUGCUAAGGGUAAGCUUGAGAAUGCUGUGAAAUUGUUGGAGUCUAUUAUUGAUGCUGAGAAAGCUAAGGUCUGUCAAAGGACUCUCAAUUUAUAGAUUCAUUCAUAGAUGAAUAGAUGAUAUUUAUUUGUUUUGGUAAUACACUCCUCGGAUUAUCACCGGUGGUAGUGUCCGUGUUUCUGUUAGUGCUUCAUAGGUAAUACAUUGUUUGUGCUUAUUUUUCCAAUCAGUUGUUUAUUUCAUUUGUUUAUUUGGGUAGGAUAUCUUUGUGUUAUUGAAACCAAAAUGAAUUUAGUUGAUCAGAACAUUCAGCUAAACUGACACGCUCUGAUGAUAUACUUCAUGUAAUCUUUCUAAUGAACUUUGUAAUACCCAAUAGAUUAAUUUGAUGAAUUUGAGUUUACUUGAUAUAA